GCACAGAUUGCUUAAAAAUGUGGAGCUAGGAAUAUUAUUUCAGGGCAGCACUCACAAGAUUUCUGCAGAAAUGACCCCAGUGCUUAGUGGUCACCCGCAAGUCACCGUGACGCUGGUUCUGCUCCUGUCCAUGCUCAGUUUGGCUGCUGGUGGGAAGCUGCUGGUGGUGCAUGUGGAUGGGAGUCCUUGGUUCAGCAUGCGGGAAAUAUUGGACGGUCUCAGGCAGAAGGGACAUGAAAUAGUUGUUGUUGCACCUGAAGUCACUUUACACAUAAAGCCAACAAAGAAUUUUGUUAUGAAAACAUACCCUGUCCCUUUCACACUGGAAGAGCUGGAUGAAAACCUGCAGGUAUUUUCACGGGAUGUAUUUGAAGAAGGAUCUUUUCUGGAAAGAGUUGUUAGAAUUUAUCAACGGUUAAAAAAAGCCACUGCCAUGUUCCUGUCUACCUGUACACACUUACUGUACAACAAAGAGCUUGUCAGAUAUCUUGAGGAGAAUAAAUUUGAUGUCAUCCUUACAGACCCUGCACUACCCUGUGGGCAGAUACUGGCUGAGCAUCUUUCAGUCCCUUCUGUGUUUUUUUUGCGAGGAGCACCGUGUGAUAUAGAUUUUGAAGCCACUCAGUGUCCAAAUCCCGCUUCUUAUGCCCCCAGGACACUGACAGACCAUACAGACCACAUGAACUUUUUCCAGCGGGUGAAGAACCUAAUCUUUGACAUCCCAAAUUAUUUUCUCUGUGAUUUUGUCUUUCGACCAUAUGGAGAACUGGCUUCAGAGUUCCUUCAGCGGGACGUGACUGUGCUGGAUCUCUUACGCAAGGGUUCUAUUUGGCUCAUGAGGUUAGAUUUUGUGUUAGAUUAUCCAAGACCUUUGAUGCCCAACAUAAUUAUGAUUGGAGGAGUAAACUGUGCUCACAAGAAGCUACCUCAGGAAUUUGAAGCUAUUGUGAAUGCCUCUGGAGAACACGGCAUUGUUGUCUUCUCGCUGGGCUCCAUGGUCUCUGAGAUUCCUAUGAAGAAAGCUGAGGAAAUCGCAGAUGCCUUGGGAUCAGUCCCUCAAACGGUUUUGUGGCGAUACACAGGAGAGGUGCCCCGCAACCUGCCGAAGAAUGUAAAGCUUGUCAAGUGGCUGCCACAGAAUGAUCUUCUGGCUCACCCUAAGACUCGUGCCUUUAUUACCCACGGAGGCUCGCAUGGUGUUUAUGAGGGCAUAUGCAAUGCGGUGCCAAUGGUACUAAUGCCUUUAUUUGGAGACCAGAUGGACAACGCCAAGCGAAUAGAGUCACGGGGAGCAGGACUGACACUGAAUGUACUCGAAAUGACUUCAAAGGACAUAUUCGCUGCCCUGAAAGCAGUUAUUAAUGAUAAAAAGUACAAAGAGAACAUCAAGCGUCUCUCGGACCUUCACCUCGACAGACCCAUCCAUCCCCUGGACCUGGCCGUGCACUGGGUGGAGUUUGUAAUGAGACACAAAGGGGCCCCACACCUGCGACCUGCUGCUCAUGACUUGAACUGGAUCCAGUACCACUCCCUGGACGUCAUCGCCUUCCUCCUCACUGUGGUGCUCCUUUCCCUCUUCAUUUCUCUGAAGUGCUGCCUGUUCUGCUGCCGCAGGUGCUGCUGUAAAAAGGGAAGAACAAGAAAGCCAACCAAAUCAAAGUCCCAUUAGCAGAUGAAACCAGUGCUAGGAGAUAAGGCCUCUGCUCCAGACCAGGAGGAUCAGAGAACACCUCAAAUUUCACUAAAAUAAUUGCUGACUUUCAUGCAAGAAAUAAUAGCGUUCCUUUAAACUGGCAUAAUGGGAGAGUUGUUUCACUGAUAUAAUUUUUGCCUUUAAUUAAGAAUCAGUUGUUCAAAAUAAUUUGUAUAGGAGUGCUUCAGUCACUUGGGGAGGUAUUAGUGUGAUGUCCAAGGCUCCUGGUUUCCAUGUCUUCGUGUGCAGAGGACUCACGGUGACUUUUUUUUUUUUUACCUCUAUAUGCUAUGGAGAUAUAUAAGGAUUUAAUAAAAUUUUGCUUCAAGGUCUUUAGGAGAACAAUUUGCUCUAGUAUGAGACUGUCAGGUUUAUCAAGCACCUUGAAAUCGUUGUAUAGCUGUUGUUACAGAGGAGGCAAAUGUUAUACACUGACAAUACAUGUCACAUAAGCCAAGCUAGAUGCACACCUUAAACGGGUUUUGCAUGUGUUUACAAUACCCUGAACUCAACUGUGGUUUUGGCAGGGAAGGGAUUGUAAAGCCACUUGGUGUUUCACCCAAGUUCCCCAUCAGUCAGAGUGCUGUACCUGGAGCUUACCUAUUAGAUGCUGAGACCUUUGUAAGCAUUGUUUAUAAAACCCAGCUGAUUUACUCUUUGUAAGUGAUGUUCAGGUAAAACCCCAAACACCAGCCCUAUAAAUAAACCCCCAAUACUAACAAUAA